CACAGUUUCUGCUUGUAAAGGCCGGUAGCACGUGACUUCCAAUACAUGAAUGUAUUCAUGUACAGGUUGUUACUUUUCCUUUGCCAUGAUGCUCCUUCGACCGUCCUUGCUUGUCAAAUCCAUUUUGGUCGUGGCGACGGUAGGUAGUCGCACGCAAGCCAGUCAAGUCGACCUCACGGUAGUUGCCGAAUGGAUUCAAGCGCUUGUCCAAUGGACUCACAGUGUCGUGGAUGACGGUUCCUUGUCGUUCAACCAGCACAACGUCACAGUUGGACACUACUCUGAGCCCCAUCACACCAGUCUGUCGCUGUGUCUCGACAGCUAUCUCCUACAGCCCAACGAAAAUGCGUUGCACGCGAUUCACUCUACCAUGUUGCUGCCAUCAUCUCUUUUUUCGGUGGCCAAGCUAGCCAACGACUCACUACCUGCGACGGCGCGUGCAAUCCAAAUCGAAUCACCAAUCGUCCGCGACUGCUUCAACCCGAAUACAAACUCGUCCGAAACAACUGCCGUAGCUCGCGCAGUUAGGAGCGACAUCGUGGUCCUCUGCGGGGCAGAUGCCGUCCUACUCCACGUGGAAGGUCAAGUCGAGAGUGUGUACUAUGUCGUCGACAAGUCCUUGGCAGUUGUCUCCAAGCACACCAAGGCGUGGAUGAAUCCAAUGGAUCAUGAUAUCAGUUUGGAGGUGUCACAGUCGAUGCAGCAGUGUGUGAACGGUCACGGCGGUGCGUUAACAGUCCGAGGUGUUGUGGGCGGAGGGUGGUCUGUACAACGCUCCCAUGCCUCAAACAUCGUGGCAGGCUACGCCUCUGCAUUUGACCUCACCUUCAUAAAGGCAAGCCAGCAAGUACACCUCGAGAAUGGAACUGCGGCCACUAAGUGGGUCCGUAGCGCGGCCGACACUACUGCCACCGCGCUGUUACAAGCUGGACAGCUAUGCCAUGCCGAAGGAGGCGACGGAUGCUACUUGAGCCCCAUGUUUAUUCGACGACCUGGUGUGCUCAUCUCAGUUGCGGCCAAGUGGAAGAUACUGUCGAACUACAUGCAUGUAGUCGUGUAUAGUGGAGCGAUUGUCAUGUCACUAUUGGCCCUCCUGAGUGUGGCAACGGGUGCCCCCACACACCGUCGACUGGGCUACGCGACCAUCACAGAUCCUAUUCAAGUAGAUUAUGACUCGUGCUCAUCUAGUGAAGAGGAAAGUGGCUACAUUUAACGCUCAUACAGUCGUUUCUUUGUAA